AUGAAUCAUAUUCUAAAAACUUCACAUCCACACAUUAUUGCUUUUUCCCAUAAAUUCUCGACAUCAUAUGGGCAUUUUGCUAAGGCUAAAAAUUGGAAAUAUUUGAUGCAAGGUGCUUCGGUUCCGAAGAUACAAGCAAUGAACAGAAAUGUAUCUGCCAUAAAUAAACAAAACUUCGAUUAUUUCCUUGUUCUCGAUUUCGAAGCAACUUGUGAAGAAGGGAUUAAAAUUAUGCCACAUCAAGAAAUAAUCGAAUUCCCGGUUAUACAGUUAUCCGGGAAAAAUUUGGAAGAAAUCAGUCGAUUUCAUCGAUAUGUAAAACCUACCGAGCGACCAAUUUUAACAUCGUUUUGUACUGAACUUACUGGAAUUGUACAGGAAACAGUUGCAAGUCAAGAAAGUCUUCCGGAAGUUCUGGAUGCUUUUGACAAAUGGCUCAUCAAUUCGAAUUUGAUUAACGCCGAUCAUUCGAUGAAAUCACAUUUUACUUUUAUAACAUGUGGUGAUUGGGACCUUGGCGUAUUGCUCCCUAGCGAAGCGAAUUAUCGAAAUUUGAAGCUACCAGACUACUUCAAGAGAUGGAUUAAUUUGAAAAAAGCCUUCUGCAAAUGGAACGGUUAUUUCGCCAAAUCUCUAACAGUGAUGCUUCAUGAUCUGGAACUAAACCAUCUGGGCCGAUUACACAGUGGAAUAGAUGACGUGAGAAAUAUGUGUCAGAUUACGAGAUCUCUUGCCAAGAGCGGUUGCGUAUUCCAAAAUACAUCGAUUUAUGUAGAUGAGAAACAUGAUUUCGAAAAUUUAUAACACA